AAGAGGAAGAGGCGACAGGGCUCAGUUGCUGCAGCGGCAGGAGCAGCAGGCACUGGGGCAGCCAGUGUGGCAGCUUGUCGCACACACAUACCCAGGUUGCACCAAGGACCGGGGCAACCCUGCCGGGAUGCUCAGGAAAUGUGGGACGGUGCCUCCCGGCCCUCGCCAGAGCCAGGUAAGCAGACAUAAAUGCCUGGACAGGAAAAAAAUGGCCCAGCCCAGCCCCUUCUUCCCGACGCUCGGCCCCACUGAAAGGCGUGUCCGGAACAUCCCGCUUCAUAGCCAAGCCCUGACGGCCGUUCCUCUUGGGUCAGCCAGAUUGGUGGACCAGCUGGAAGACCGCAUCCUCAGCCAUGAGAAGACCACGGCUGCCCUGGUGGAGCACGCUUUCCGCAUCAAGGAGGACAUCGUGUCCACGCUGCACAGGAUGCAGAACAAAGGGGGAGGGGACCGCCUGGCCCGGCAGCUCCUGGAGGAACACAUCCGGAACAUCACCGCCAUUGUCCGGCAGCUGAACCGAGACAUUGAGGUUCUGCAGGAACAGAUACGAGUCAGGGAUAACCUCAGUUAUGGCACAAAUUCGACCUUGAAGAGCCUGGAGAUGCGCCAGUUGUCUGGCCUGGGCGAUCUCAGGGGACGUGUUGCGAGGUGCGAUGCUGGGUUAGCCAGGCUGUCCGCAGAACACAAGGUGACCUACGAACGACUUCAGAACCUCAGUAAAGAUCAACAAGCAUCUAAACUGAUAUUGGAGUCUAAAAUCAAAGAGGCAGAAAUUCAGAUUUCUCACCUCUUAAGCAGAAUAGAGCAGUCCAUCAUGCAGCAGGAGGCGAAGCUGAAGCUCACUUACAAAGAGAACAACCAACAGCUCCACCUCCUGGACACAAAGUUGCAGGACACCAUUGAUUACCUCAGUAACCAGAUCUCGUCCAAUCGAAGCUGGACGGAGCAGGAGCAGGAGCGGAUCGAGAAAGAGUUCCGGGAGAAGAUCGAUCAGCUGUCCUUGGCUGUUAAAGGAAAAAGUGAAAGGGACGACAGAGCCCUCGAGCUGCGAUUCAGCGAGAUCCACGGGAAGCUAAAUAAAAUGGAAGACAUGCAAAAACUGACAGCGGACGAACUGGCGGCGAAGCAGGUGGAGGAGCGGUUCAACAUACAGCUGUGCAAACUCCAGACAGAUGUCAACGAGGAUAUCAAAGAAGUGAAGGCAGAGGUGAAUACAGGGUUUGCUGCCAUCUACGAAAGCAUCGGAUCCUUGCGGCAGGUUCUUGAAAUGAAAAUGAAGCUGGACAAGGAAGAACUACAGAAGCAGAUUCAGCAGAUGAAGUAAGAGGCCGAACUGCUAAUCCUGGUUUCCAGCCCAGGAUCUCAGCUGAUGGUGGAGCCGGGUGCAGGUGAAGUUGGGAUCUGCCUACACCUGCCUUCAGGUCAGGAUGUCCAUCUAAUGUCUGGACUGAGUGACAUGCUUCCCUUGCAUGGACCUGUACAGUUCCUGUAAAUAGUCCAACCGAGGCUUUGCGAGUGAAACCAACCCCUUUCCCCAGAAGACCUGUGGGAAUCACUGCCAUAUGACUCUGUUGACUCCAGAAGCAUUACCUCAUGUGAAACAGGCCGUGAGUUUGUGCAGAGGCCUUGAAACACUGUGGGCUGAGCGUGUGGAAAGAGGCGCAGCUGGCCAUACUGUCAAAAUGAAAUUUCAAAUUUGGAUCAGUUUGGCCCCGUUGACCGCAGCUGAGAUGGGACUGGCUCAGAUUUGCACACCUCACCAAAACUAGUUUCUGCGCCAGAAUGAGAGAGUGCUAAUCUGAAUCUCAUCAGAACCAGCCGCCAGGCUCUGUUUGCUGGGUUGUGUCCAGCCCAGGCCUUUGCAGAGUAGAAAGCCCACCUUCCUCCGUGCAUUCUGUUUGUCUGUUGGCUUUAUCUCUGGGCUUGUCUCGGCAGAGGUGUGCUCCUUUUUUCAAGGUGCAACAGUCACUGAACUGGGGAAAAGGGAACAGCCAGCUGGCCCCCAGGGGAAACUGGUAGCCCAAACAGAUGGACUCACAGGAAAUCAUCCUGGCCAGCCCUUGGGCGUGGGUGGGUGGGGCGGGGGGGAUGCAGAGAAUGCAGUCUGCCCCAACAGCCCAUUUACUUGCUCCCUGUCUUGCUACAUCCUCAGACGUAAUGCCAGUCUGCUACUCUCUGCAUACAUGACUUUCGUACAUGCAGGAGAAAGGGGGCCUCCCGCUGCACCCCAGGCUGAGAAAGGUCUGGCUGGGAUCCCGCCAGGGUACAGGAGGAUGCCCAAGCCACGUUUCCCACCUACGUCAAUAUCGAGAGUACUGAACAAAGUCCAUUUGCUUCAUUCUAUGAGGGACGGGUUGACCACUUGCUGCAGUUUUGUCUUUACAGGUAUAAGAUCCUCCUUGAUCUCAGGUUGCAAAUGCCUGAGCAGAGCAGGUGAUCGGGAGCAGCAGCAGCAGAAGGCCAUUGCUUUCACAUCCUGCAUGUGAGCUCCCCAAGGCACCUGGUGGGCCACUGCGAGUAGCAGAGAGCUGGACUAGAUGGACUCUGGUCUGAUCCGGCUGGCUAGUUCUUAUGUUCUUAUGUUCUCUCUCACCGAGGUUUGGGGCUGCCAACCCCCAGGCAAGGCCUGGAGAUCGCCUGGAAUUAGAAUUGAUCUCCAAACUACAGAGAUCAGCUCACCUGGCAUAAAAAUGGCAGGUUUGUGGCAGGGGCGGGGGGAGCCUCCGUGGCUUUGUUUCCCUGCUGAGGCCCUUCCCCUUCGCAGGCUCCAGGAAUUUCCCCACCUGGAAUUGGCAGCCUCACCUGGGUGCCAGAGGGAACAGGCCUGUUUCUUGGCCUCCUGUCUGCACGAAGCAAGACGACGUCUCCUUCUUGUCUCAAGUGCUCCACGAUCUCAGCACCCCUCAAGCCCUGCUCCUUAUCUCACCCAGAGAGUUCUUGUGCCCACGUUCCCCAGGACUUCUCCUGGCAUGUUACCAUCUGUGUGAACACCCAUGAUUAGCCGUGACUGGGGGAACUGAGGCCUGAGCUGCAGGUCAGUCAGGGCUCCAGAGGUGAGGACAGACUCUCCAAGGUGAUUGGUUUUAUAAGCAGGGGCCCCAUUCUUUCCCACUGGAAUCAAAAGUGCAAACAGGGCCUGUGUAUUUCUACAGUCACUGUGCUCAUGUCUUCCCCACCCCUUGGUUCUUUAGAACAGACGUCAAAGAUUCCUAGGAAGGGCUGUGUUGCUUAAUAGGAGAAGGGGACGGCCAUGACACAUCAGAGUCCUCCAGGGAGGACGUUCCUGGCACUGCCUUCCUGGAACCAGCUGUGUUGCAUUUCUUGCAAACCUC